AUGGUUAAUGUUAGACCUCUAAAUGAUGAACUUCAAAAGAAAGCAAUCAAAGAAUUGAAUGAAGAUCCUGAGAGAAUUCCAAAGGAUUUGGAAACGUUUAGAGAAUGGAUUAAGAAAUCUCCACAUAUUAAGUGUUUUGAUGACGAUCAAUUCUUGAUUAACUUCCUUAGAGGUUGCAAGUUUAGUAUGGAAAGAGUGAAACAAAAGUUUGAUUUGUACCAUACGUUGAAGACUCACAUCCCAGAGUUGACACGAAACAGAGAUCCUUUGGAUGAGAAAGUUUUAGGAGCGAUCAGACAAGCAGUUGGGAUUCCAUUACCCCAUACUGAUGGCCCUGAUGGUCCACGUUACUUCCUUGUCAGACCAGGAAAUUAUAAUCCAUCUGAAUACAGCAUCACUGACAUAAUCAAAGUAUCAACGAUGAUCAACGAUUUAAUGAUGCUUGAAGACGAUAAUUUCGUCAUCGCUGGUUCCAUUGGAAUCUUAGAUUUCACUGGAACUUCCAUGUCUCACUUUCUUCAAUUCAAUCCAACGUUCAUUAAGCAAAUGACGAUGAUACAACAAGAUGCUAACCCAAUUCGUCAGAAGGGUUCACAUUUCGUUAACAUGCCUUCAAUUGCUUUGACAGUCUUCAACAUUUUUCAAUCAUUCACAAACGAAAAAAAUAAAAAGCGAGUUUUUGUUCAUGGUCAUGAUAUGGAAUCUUUAUACAAAUCAAUUCCUCGAAAGCUUUUGCCGAAAGAAUAUGGCGGUGAAGCGGGAACAAUCGAAGAAAUUGCGAAAGAUGUAGAAAAACGUUUGAUCGCUCGCAGGGAUUUCUUCCUUGAAGAUGAGAAAUUUGGUGUCGACGAAAAAAAACGAGUUGGAAGACCAAAGAAUCCUGAAUCACUCUUCGGAAUUGAAGGAAGUUUCCGUCAAUUGGCAAUCGAUUAAUUUUUUUUUUUGAAUUUUUUAUUAUGAAGAGUAGACAUAAAAUAAAAGAAUUAUUUUUAUCGUUUUUCUUUCCGAUUGGACAAGAAUAA